GCCGCAGGUCGUACAAGCUAGCACAUGUUCGGUUUUUGAAAUGCAUGCAUGCAUGCUUUAGGUUGGACUGAACGUACGGGAGCGAUUAUAGGAUCGGGCAACAGAAGAAGCCACUAUACGAACGUACGACCAGUUCUCAGUAUAUUCAAUUCCCUGAGUAGUGCUAAUAUAUACUUGGUAAGUAUAAUUCUUCCUGCUCAGUCAUCGAUCUCGGUAAGUACACCUCAGCUAGCUAGCUUUAGCUCCUGGUGCAUACAUGCAUAUAUAUACAUUAAUUGGGCAAAUACUCAGCUCGUAUGAUGCAGCUAGCUGCUGUACGUUGGAGUUGCACUGCUAGUACAUCUAGCUAGUACGUAGAUCGAGAUGGCGUCGGGCGGCGCUGCGCCUGCGUGCGCGGCGUGCAAGUACCAGCGGCGCCGGUGCACGCCGGAGUGCCCGCUGGCACAGUACUUCCCGCACGACCGCCCGCGCGCCUUCCGCAACGCGCACCGCCUCUUCGGCGUCAGCAACAUCCUCAAGACGCUGGCCCGCGCCGGCCCCGAGCGCCACCGCGAAGCCAUGCACUGCAUCAUCUUCGAGUCCCAGGCAUGGGACGUCUACCCGGCCCAAGGCUGCGUCCCCAUCAUCCUCCAACUGCGCCACCAGGUCCGCCAGGCGCAGCUCCGCCUACACCACCUCAGCGCCCGUGUCCAGGCCUACCGCGCGGCACUAGGACCCCUUGCCGACGACGGCGACCUCUCGGCGUCGUCCCCCGCGCCGCCGCCGCUCCAGCCCCAGACGGGCAACAACAACGAUAUUAUUGUUGAUCAUGCGUACGGCGGCGUACCAUUAUUGUACGGUGAUGAUGAUCAGCAGCUGAUGUUGAACACUGCUGCUGCUUGUGACGACGGCGGCAUUGUUGCAUCACUGCAGGCACCGUGGACGAGCAUCUCGGAACCGCAACAGGAUCAUCAUCAGUUCUUGGUCGACGCUUCCCAGCAGCAGCAGUACUGCAGUUCCAUCCACCCGGAUUCGUACGACGAGAUGUCCUACUUCGUCGAUAACAUCGACGACGAGAUGCCUCAGGAAUCCAGCAGCACGUACGGGGAAUUCAUCAGAGAGAAAGGCGAUGAAAGCACCCAAGGUGGACGGUGCCAAUGCAAUGACCUCAAGGAUCAUCCUGCCGCUAGCUAAUUGCUUCACUAUCACCAGUGCUGUCAGUUACUAAUUGAUUAGCAUUAUAUUCGUCGAUCAGAAAUACUGAUAUUCAUCGAUCAGAAAUACUGCUGCAGCAACAUUAAUUCUUCAAAAAGCUACAGUAGCUGGUAGAAGUACUCCAAUAAUUUCACUUAGCAUGCUACUGCACUGCAGGUAGUAGUCAAAUAUUGGCUUGCAUAGUGGUGUAUCCUUUUGAAUUAAUAAUAAUUAUAUAUGGAUUUUUUGUGGUGCCUAAUAUUAUUUGGCUCUU